AUGUUUUCGAAGGCUCUUUUGCUGGCCACUCCGGCGCUGGCAAUCCCAACAUACCUCAACUCCCAGCAGCAGGUCCCUAUCCAGCCUCUUGAUCACUCUCAGGGCUACCAAUUCGACCCGCUUCUGCAUCUGCCCGGUAUCUCGCCGUACUUCGAUGCUGUCGGCUUCGGUCUCGAGCACACCGCACCCUCAGGCUGCAACAUCACCGCCGCGUCCUACAUCAUCCGUCACGGCGCCAUCUACGCCAACGACGCAGAGUACGAAGAAUUCAUCAAGCCCUUCCUCUGGAAGCUUGAGAAGCAUCGCGAUGGUCAGUGGUCAGGGCCAUUGGCCUUCAUGGCGAAAUGGCAGUCGCCCAUUCUCGAGGACAAGCUCGAAGACCUGACGCCUUCCGGCGCUGUGGAUGCUGCAAACGUUGGCAAGCAUCUGCUCGAGCGCUACCCGCACCUCAUUCCUAAGACUCAGCGUAUCCUCGCCGACAAGAAGUCGCGCACAUAUGACACGGCGAAGAACCUCAUCACAGCCUUCCCUCACAACGACACCAUCGACAUCGUCCGCGUCACCACCAAUGCCAAUGGUUCAAUGGAGUCUCUCAUUCCCCACAAGUCGUGCGAGAAUUUCUCCAAGGCGCCCGGUACAAAGGAGCAGGACAAAUUCAUUGACCACUACGGCAAGAGCGUUGCAAAGCGCCUCAGGCCGUUCAUGCCUUUCGAGUUGUCUCCCUUCGAUGUCGUCGGUCUCCAGCAGCUCUGCGGUUACGAGAGCGCCAUCACUGGCAAGCGCUCUGAAAUCUGCGCCGUCUUCACCGAUGCUGAGUGGAUGGCAUACGAGUACUCAUGGGACUUGAAGUACGCCUAUAUGGUCGGCCCUAUGAAUCCUCUGUCUCCCUACCUUGGCUUCCCUUGGUUGCAGACACAAUCCGAGCUUUUUCGAAACAUCCAGAAGCGUAAUCACCCUGGUGGUGCUUGGCCUGAAGACCAGCGUUUCUUCCUUGGAUUCACGCAUCGCGAGGUUCCUCCUUUCAUUGCCACCGCUCUUGGCUUGUUCAACUCCUCGUCUGGCGCAGCUGAGGAGUUCCCUACCGACCACAUCAACUGGACACGAGCCUGGCGCAUGGCUGAUCUGAUUCCCUUCCUCGGUCAUGUCGGUAUGGAGAUGAUGACCUGCGAGCGCGGCGCUGGCGAUGGUGAUGGGCCUGGCGAUUUCAUCCGCUUCAUUGCCAAUACCGCACCAAGACCGAUUCCUGACUGCCAGGAUGGACCGGGUGCGAGCUGUCGGUUCAAGGACUUCCGGAAGCUGAUUGGGAAAGGAGCAAAGAAGCACGAAGAUUUCCAUAAGGUGUGCGAUAAGAAGGGUGGGAAGGGCAAGGGCAAACAUGAGUAG